GGACGCGCGGCAGCGAACGCCCCGAGGAGAGCUGAGCUGUGCGGGAUAAAGCGCGGCCCCGCAGCGCCUGCAGGCAGAGCCGUAGGAAAGCGCAGAUAAAAAAGUGACUAAAAGAUGGCUCUGCGGCCCUGACGGCGCUCCCGCGGCCUCGGAAGCCUCCCGGGUGUGAGAGAGAUGCCCCGAGCGCUCCCUGCCCUCUUUGGGUUUCAGAUAGCUUCUUCCCUUUUCUAGGCUUGGCUCUGCCACAGACCUGCAGCGUACCCACUGGCAAUCUCCUGCCCCUUUGGUUUCCCACCUAAAAUGGUUUCCUGCGUCCUACAGGUGUUCAGCAUGUCUUGGUCACUCCUGCUUUGCUCACUCUGACCAUGAGCAGCAAUUCUUCCCUCGGCAAUGGGAAUGGCCUGAGGAACCUUACCACGCAGGAAGACGGUGUGGUCAGAGUCACUGAAGCCAUUGCUAUCAUCGUCAUCGCUGUUUUCAUCUGCUUGGGCAACCUCAUCAUUGUCGUCACCCUCUAUCGGAAGUCUUACCUUCUCACGCUGAGCAACAAGUUUGUGUUCAGCUUGACCCUCUCCAACUUUCUGCUCUCUGUCCUGGUGCUGCCUUUUGUCGUCACUAGCUCCAUCAGGCGGGAAUGGAUCUUUGGAGUCGUUUGGUGCAAUUUCUCAGCCCUGCUCUACAUGCUGAUCAGCUCAGCCAGCAUGCUUACACUUGGACUCAUAGCCAUAGACCGGUACUAUGCUGUCCUUUACCCUAUGGUUUACCCGAUGAAGAUUACAGGCAACAGAGCAGUGGUGGCUCUUGUGUACGUGUGGCUCCAUUCCCUCAUCGGCUGCCUCCCUCCCCUCUUUGGUUGGUCAUCUUUGGAGUUUGACCAGUUCAAGUGGAUGUGUGUGGCAGCGUGGCACAAAGAGGCAGCUUACACCGCCUUUUGGCAGGUCUGGUGUGCCUUGCUGCCUUUUGUGGUCAUGAUGAUCUGCUAUGGGUUCAUAUUCCGGGUGGCGAGGAUUAAAGCCCGCAAAAUCCACUGUGGCAGCGUUGUCAUUGUGGAGGAGGACUCCCAGAGGAACGGGAGGAAGAACUCCAGCACCUCCACGUCCUCCUCAGGAAGCCGAAGGAACGCUUUCCAAGGGGUUGUCUACUCUGCCAACCAGUGCAAAGCUUUCAUAACCAUCUUGGUUGUCAUCGGUGCUUUUGUUAUUACGUGGGGACCUUACAUGGUAGUAAUUACAUCAGAGGCGCUUUGGGGAAAAAACAGUAUUUCCCCUGCCUUGGAGACAUUAGCUACAUGGUUGUCCUUUUCCAGUGCCAUUUGCCACCCGUUAAUUUAUGGACUGUGGAACAAAACGGUGCGCAAGGAACUACUAGGAAUGUGCUUUGGGGAUCGGUAUUAUCGGGAGUCGUUUGUUCAGCGGCAUAGGACCUCCAGGUUAUUCAGCAUUUCCAAUAGGAUCACAGAUUUGGGACUAUCCCCUCAUCUCACUGCCCUCAUGGCAGGUGGGCGGCCUUUAGGAAACAGCAGCAGCACAGGAGACACAGGUUUCAGCUGUUCACAGGAUUCAGGAACAGACACGAUGCUCCUUGAAGACUAUAGCUCAGAUGGCCCUUCUCUUCCACACUGUGUCUGUCCUCCUAGAAGAAGGAGUUCAGUGACAUUUGAAGAUGAAGUAGAGCAAAUUAAAGGUGGGCUUAGGGAAACCGCAAAGAAUUCUGUUCUUCACGUAAAAGCCGAUGUUCAUAAAUCUCUGGACAGCUACGCAUCCAGUUUAGCGAGAGCUAUUGAAGCUGAUGUGAAAAUCAGCUUGUUUGGGGAAGGUGCUUUACCAGGAGCUCUGUUUCCAGUACGGACUCUGCCGGGAAGCGGAAUGAACACCCGGCGUGGCGUCAGGCCCCAUGCCAGCCAAAGGCUUCAGCUUCAGAGCAUCGAUGAAGGGAACAUUUGACAGAAGGAAAAUAACUGAAUGAAACCACUAAGCAGGACCUACCAUGUGUGUUACUGUUUUAACAGAAACAGGAUACCUCGCUGGGAUGUUUUCAGUGUUUUUUGAGCACUUGAAUGUCAGUUGAAUUCUGGUACUUGCAUCAGCAUUUUGCAGCAGUAUUUACUUAUUGUUUAGGGUGCUAUUGGACUCCUUUUUGCCACAUCUUAAGCCUGUCAUGCGGAGCAUAGGAACACAGAGUUUGGUUUUGUCCAUUGAAUCACAUUGUCUCGUUUUGGCCAUAGCUGACACAGAAUGAAAAGUAUGUGCAGUGUUUAAUAAUUGUAGCGAUCCUUUUCUGAACAUUCAGAUCAUCCAUUUGUACCUGAUAGCUCAAGUGUUCUGAUGAGAGCUUAUACAUUAGUUACUACGUGCAGCCUUACUGUCAAGAUUCCCAAAUAACAGCAUGGAUUUCACUAAGGGACAACAGUUGAGCUUUACAGGGAGCUCAUAUACAUUAUGAUUCUUCUUACCCUUGCUAGCAGAUAUUUCUGGCCACAUGUCAGACUGCUAGGUAUGAAACCUAAUUGCGUAUUGCUUCUGCUUAAUGAGACACCAGCUUCUCCAUAUGCAAUGGGUGGAAGCAGGCCAGCAUUGGAAGUAUCACAGAAGUAUUAGAGAAAGACAGCAUUGCAGAGUUCUUAGUUUCUUUGAGAACCGCAACUCUCUUCCCUGCUUUUGCUUUGACUAAAAGACCACCCUACAGCUUCAGGAAUCUUGACAGGACAUAAAUAAGUUAUUACCACUUUAAUAAUAUGUGCAGGAUUCAUCUUUUCUAUAGAAGGAAAUUCUAUGGGUUAUUUUUUAAUGUAGAACUUCAUAGUUACCUCAGUGCGUAUAUUUUUCAUUAAUCUCUAAAAUAAGACCGUUUAGCACUUACAUUGCACCUUGCACAUUCUAAGCACUGUACGGAAUGUACCUUGUUAGGCCUGUGUGAGAGGGCUCAUCAGCCCUGCUUGCCAAAGAGGAAUGCAGCAAUGGUUGAGCCAGAAAUGAAAGCAGCUGCAAGAUGGAAAGGUUUGUUAUGAAAAGAAGAAUGAAAUGGAUCUUAUGAGAAUACCCAGCGUGAGGAACCUCCCUGUGCCUUCCUAGCCUGGACCUUUUCUUCCUUUAUGGAAGUUACUGCCCUGCCUUAAUGUUUAUUUCAAGGAGAUGGAUCAGUAGAUAUCCAUUUCUUGAGUCAGUUUCUUGUGUGUCAGUAGCAAAUGGACUUAUGGACCAAGGGCUGGAUUUACUCUGUGUCUAUUCUCCUGCUUAAACUUGCUCAAAGGCACAGGAACAAAAAUAAGUUUUGAGGCAAAGCCUCAGGUCUGUACUGAUUUUAGACAUCCUUUUGGUCCAUCUUCUCAACUCAGAAAUACAUUUCAGCACAAGCUUACAUCUGUCUGUGGAUAGAGCAGCCUAUCUUUGAACUAGCCUCAGUCCAUGACAUUCCCACAUAAGAUUUAAUUGCAUGCUUAAAAUUCAGUACAUGGUUUGCUGAUUAAGAACGGGCUCUUAAAACAAGAACGCUUAAGUACCGUAAGAUGGCUCUUUGAAUAAUGCAGAAUGAAACGAGCUGUGGACUGGAUGGAAAGCUGAUGUUCUGAGCAGCAAUGGUGUGUACCAGCUUCACACUCCUGUAUUUUUUUUCACUUUCUGUGUGUUAGGUAUGUUGGCACUUUGGGGCACUUCAAAAUCCAGAUCCCACUGUUUGCCAGGAAAUGCCAUGCACUGAGGUUGUUAUUGCUAUCAUUAAUACUGCAAUUGCAGUUGUUCGUACUGGUCAGUGCUCCUUAAGGUACGUGCUUCCCUCAGAGGGCUCAAAGUGUUCUGUCUGCAUCCCUUUUUUUUCACAUUCCUGCUUCCAAACAAGUUGAGCUCAAGUGUCUGUGAAUGCAGAAAGGGCAAAGGUGGGUGAAGACCGUGCUAGGCCAAAACUAGAAGGGUAUUUAGGAGCAAAAAUUUUCAUGUCAUGUAUGAAUGCACAAAAUCGCCUGUGUUUUGUAAAAAGGACAUUUCUCACAAUGACGCUGAGCCACAUUCAGUCUUCAGGCUGUUCACACCAGCACUGAAUUGGGCUCUCAGUGUUCAUUUCACUAAUCCAUUAUUUAGUAUGACCGUUGUUAAUAUUUUUGCUAAUGAAAUUAUAGCCUCUGCGUAUUUCUGUUAUCACCAGCAUCACUUUGUCAUAAGUUAACGCAGUAAUGCACACAGUUUGUACGAUUGUAUCCCCCUGUCUUAAAUACAGAAGGAAAAAGUUUCUAAUGGUCCAA